GAAGCCUUCUAUUGUACUUCUAUUGCACAUUUUGCUUUAUCUUUGCUCUUGUUUUUUGACAUUUGAGUAAAAAGUGUAACAUCUUAGAAAAUGAAACAAAAUUAUAUUUAUGGCACGUGUGUGCUGUCCAAAGUUGUAGUUAAUUACCCACACCUGUGUGUGGCUUCAGGCAUUUUGGCAUAUAAGGCUAUCUAUUCUCCCCAACUUCCUGUUUCCUGAGUGAGGUUUUGUUUUCAAUCUGGGCAAAUGAAGACCAUUCUGGGGUUCAAAGGGCUCUUUUAUCUGCAUUCCUUGAUAUGGACCUGUGCUGGGGACUGGUCAGCUAUUCAAGUACACUGCACCCAGUUUUGGUUCUUUGCCAGGAUUAAACCGACGAUAUUUUACAAUUUGUAUGUGAACCCCGAUGAAGUGUUUCUAGGAGAUGGCUGCCAUGUAACCCAUGUUUUGCCAAAUGUCUACUAUGAGUUUUUCUACCAUCCUCAUGACUGUGGUAUUGUAACUCAACCUCUCCAGCAAGUUCUUCUGCUUAAAACUAAAAUCAAGUAUAUCUCAAGAGACUCUACAGUCCGAUCUGAAAUGCCUCUGUCGUGUGUUGUCCACAAUCAGCAUCAUCUUUUAAAUGCAGUUGAAAUGAGAGAUGGGGAAACUGACAAUGUUAAUGAAUGGGAGAUAGAGGUGAGGAUACACAUUGCGAAUGAAGACAUGGGCAGUAACUUCUGCAACACAAUCUUGGUUUUAAAAGUGAAGGUUAUUUUUAGAUAUCUGCUAAUAUUUAUCUCAAGAACAUUACCAAGGCGAUGACUCAUACAUAUUUCAUGUGCUGUUGAGCGAGAUGAUAGAUCUUCAUCACACCCUGCAAUUUCAUUUAUCCAUCCAAGGUACUUGUGUUUGGAGAGAACAUUAAAUGUCAUCCUGGAAUGUCUGUUUAAUGAUGAUACUGGUUUCUGUUUUAAAAUGUGUCAUCAUACAUGUUCAUUGGAUCUUCAACCACCUAUUUUCCAAAUAAAAUUCUGAAAACG